AUGUGUGAGCGCAGUCUCUACAGAGCGGGCUAUGUGGGCUCGCUUCUGAAUCUGCAGUCGCCUGAUUCCUUCUACUUCUCCAACCUGCGGCCGAAUGGCGGCCACUUGGCCGCACUCCCCCCCAUCUCAUACCCGCGAGGCGCGCUGCCCUGGGCCACCACGCCCGCCCCCUGCGCCCCAGCGCAGCCUGCCGGUGCCACCGCUUUCGGCAGCUUCUCGCAGCCCUACCUGGCUGGUUCCGGGCCGCUCGGCCUGCAGCCCCUGGGCGCCAAGGACGGACCCGAAGAGCCCGCCAAGUUUUAUGCGCCCGAUGUGGCUGCUGGGCCGGAGGACCGUGGCCGUGCGCGGCCGCCCUUCGUCCCCGAGUCUAGCCUGGCACCAGCGGCCGCUGCUCUCAAAGCGGCCAAGUACGACUACGCUGGUGUGGGCCGUGCGGCAGCGGGCUCUGCAACCCUACUUGAGGGGACCCCCUGCGCUGCCGGCUUCAAGGACGACGCCAAGGGCCCGCUCAACUUGAACAUGACAGUGCAGGCGGCGAGCGUCGCCCCUUGCCUGCGACCUUCGCUGCCCGACGGCCUGCCGUGGGGGGCGGCCCCAGGGAGGACCCGCAAGAAGCGGAAACCCUACACCAAGCAGCAGAUUGCGGAGCUGGAGAACGAAUUCCUCCUCAACGAAUUCAUCAACCGCCAGAAGCGCAAGGAAUUGUCCAACAGGCUGAACCUCAGCGACCAGCAGGUCAAAAUCUGGUUCCAGAACCGGCGUAUGAAAAAGAAGCGCGUGGUCCUGCGCGAGCAGGCACUGGCGCUAUACUAG